CCCACUUUCCAAAUCAUUCCGAGUCACUGAUCCAAUUCGGACGUUGAAUCUAUCUGUCUCUCUCUCCACUUUCCAAAUCUUUACGAGUCACUGAUCCAAUUCGGGCGUUGAUUCUCUCUCUCUCUCUGCAUAUGUAUAUGCAUCCACCAGAAUGCACGUCUUAACAAUCAAUCUUACUUAAAUUCUGCAGAAAACCUUUUUAAACUGUCUUCCGCUUUUUCGGCUUGUCGCGUCCUACACAUUUAUUUCUUGUCUCUUCUACCAAUUUGACUCCUUCUUUGUCCCUUCUCUCCCCCUGAAAAUUUUCUGGGCAACCCAUUUGGCGAUUGAAGAUUUUUUUAAGAGCUUGAAUUCUUGUUGCUUUCUGCUGAGAAGCUAAUUCAAAUUCAGGUCAUACAAGUUCAGUUUCUAUGAUGGGUACCGCAGUUUCCUUGUACUAGCAGAUUGGAAGAGUUUGAUGGGUUUUACAUGUUCAUGGUUUGUUUACUUCUUUCAAUAGGAGAAUUAAUUUGAUCUGAUUGUGAGAGAAUUUUAGUUCCAUUUCAUAAUAACCAAUUAUGAUCGGAAAGAAGAACAUGGGGCGGGCAUCGCCAGUGUUUCUGAUUCUUUUGGCUCUUGGGUUUUUCAUUGCAACAUAUAACUUGGUAACCAUGAUAAUUCACAAUAGAACAGCUAGUCCAGGGAAGUGGUUCCGCGAUGAUUUGGAAAGUCAAUCACUGUCGGAUCCCAUUACUGAGAUGCCGGACAAUGUAAAGAGGCCAAAGAAUGCUAAGUUGCCAUUCCAUGUUGCCUUAACCGCAACUGAUGCUCCCUAUAGCAAAUGGCAGUGUCGCAUAAUGUACUACUGGUAUAAGAAAAAGAAGGAGUUGCCUGGAUCAGAGAUGGGAGGAUUCACUCGGAUUCUGCAUUCAGGAAAUCCUGACAACUUAAUGGAUGAGAUUCCUACUUUCAUUGUCGAUCCUCUGCCAGCGGGUCUGGAUCGGGGUUAUAUUGUUUUAAAUAGACCCUGGGCCUUCGUGCAAUGGCUGGAAAAAGCUACAAUUGAGGAAGAAUACAUAUUGAUGGCAGAGCCUGAUCACAUAUUUGUAAAUCCGCUACCUAAUUUGGCACACGGGGGUCUUCCUGCUGGCUUUCCCUUUUUCUACAUCAAGCCCACAGACAAUGAGAAGAUUAUAAGGAAGUUUUUCCCUGAGGAAAAUGGCCCAGUAACAAAUGUUGAUCCAAUAGGGAAUUCUCCUGUUAUUAUAAAGAAGGAUACGCUGGAGAAGAUUGCGCCAACAUGGAUGAAUGUUUCUUUGAGAAUGAAAGAUGACCCAGAGACUGAUAAAGCUUUUGGAUGGGUGCUAGAAAUGUAUGCCUAUGCGGUGGCCUCAGCUUUACAUGGUGUGCAGCAUAUACUUCGGAAAGACUUUAUGCUACAGCCUCCAUGGGAUUUGGAAACUGGGAAAAAGUUUAUCAUCCAUUACACAUAUGGAUGUGACUACAACAUGAAGGGUGAGCUUACAUAUGGAAAAAUUGGAGAGUGGCGAUUUGACAAGAGAUCACAUCUCCGUGGACCUCCACCAAGAAAUCUCCCAUUACCCCCUCCAGGGGUUCCUGAAAGUGUGGUCACUCUUGUAAAGAUGGUGAACGAAGCUACUGCUAACAUUCCCGGAUGGGACACAGAGUAACAGCAGCUUCCUAUGGUUGAAGGGAUCGUGAAUAUUUUUUUCUGGGAAAAUGAAGAUCCUGACAUCUAUAGUUUUGUAGAGAGGUUCAAGGACACAAAGGUCAGGUUUGAUGUUUGUACUUACAGAUAGAAUAUAUAGAUGGUAACUGAGAUUAUAUUUUUGUACUAGACAAGGGUCUAUCGGGGGGAGAUACACGUAAACAUUGAGCAACUGGGGCUUUUCUAAUCAUUCGAAUUCGUUAUCAUAAAGUGUUCUUAUAUGGAGUAGAAUAGUACUCCUACAUUUGACUUGUAUUAUUACUCUUGAUAAUGAGAUGAUGAGCUUGUUGUCUUGGAAAA